AUGUCACUCUCUGCUGGAAUUCUCCUUCUCUGCUUCCAAAAGCCUCCAACAGAUGGUGUUGGAGUUUCUCUCAUUGCAUUUUCAAUAGGGAAUGGUUUAUAUGCAUGUUGGGUUCAGAACAGAAUCAAAUUUUGCACCAAAAUUCUAACACUUUCACUUCAACCUGUUUCCAAUAGGGCUGCACAUGGAUCGGAUAAUAUCCGCAUAUCCGCGAAUUUUUGGCUAUAUCCAAUCCGAUCCGAUCCGUGUGCAGCCCUAGUUUUCAAGUUCCAUGAUCUGAACCAGCCAACAUUUUACAUGCUUGGUGCUGCAUUGUUUUGGAUGUCACUAUGGAGUUUAGCAGUGGUUGGUGCAUUGAAUUUCUAUUUGCCUUCUUUGGUGAUCAUUGCUUUGGUUUUGAGCUUGGCUUGGACUUCAGAGAUUAUGAGGAAUGUUGUGAACAUUAGUGUUAGUAGAGUUGUUGCUUUGUAUUAUCUUAGGGGAAUGCAAUCAAGCACAAAGUUUGGAUUCUUGAGGGCAUUGACAAGGAACCUUGGGAGUGCUUGUUUGGGAUCUCUGUUCGUGCCGGCGAUCGAGGCAACAAGGGUUGUUGCUAGGUUUCUGAAUUUGGUUGAGGGGGAAGAUGAGUUCUUGUUUUGUUGUGCUAGGUGUUGUUUCAGAGUCAUGGAAUCUAUCUUCAGAUAUGGGAAUGGUUGGGCCUAUGUUCAGAUAGCUGCCUAUGGUAAAAGUUUGUUAGCUGCACCCCAAGACACCUGGUCCCUCUUUAAGAGACUUGAAAUGGAAGCAAUUGUAGACUCUAUAACUAGCUCAAUUUGCUUGCUCUCUGGGGUUAGCAUUGCCUAGACCUCCCAAUUCUACCAAAAUUUCACUGCCACCCUCUCCCUUCUCACAUUUUUCAUUGGAUACCUUUUGACUAGGAUUGCCAUUGCACUACCUCAAGCAUGUGUGAGUUGUUACUAUGUGUGCUAUGCAAAGAACUCAGACAACAAAUUAUUUGAUACAACAAUUAAGGACUCUCUCGACAUGGUAAAAUCCGGCCGCCAUGUUGCCGUGGCUACGUCACCACUACCACGGCGGUUCGGAAGUGAUUAAGUGCCAAAUUUAGUUUACUUUACAAUUUUUUCCCUUAUACAAUGUACAAAUUGAUCCCUGAAUUUGAUUUACAAGAUUAUAAUAGUGCAAUAGAAACAAAUUCAUAUUGGAUA